GCAGUCAGUACGCUAAGACCAGCUCGUCAGGAUUCCGCUCUAUUUGUCCUCUUUAAUCACUUUUGAUUAUCCAUAAACGCGUGGUUGCCACAUAAAGCUGUCUAAAGUUUGAAGGAUAUUGGAAACAUUUGUUAGGCUGAGCCUGUUUUGUUAUUAUUCACUUCUCUUUUGUUUGGAGUGGGAUUCCAUUGAACUUGGUCCAUUGUUGUUGGAUGAGAAGCUCAACUUUGGCAUUGAGGCUCCUGGAAUCCAAUACUACGGAGCAAACAGUGGUCAACUUGCAGAUGUUGAAAGCUGGACUCUAUACUUUAAGGAUAAAAAUGGCCAUGUGUCCUGUAUACGUGGAAGAAUUUUCAUCCUGACCACUGUCCUGGAUCUACACCGUCAUAGGAAAGAGUGACUAAUUUCUUGGCAACGAAAGACUUUGGUGAUUUUAUUUUUCUGUGGGCCAUAUUUGAGAAGUCAUCAUGCCUAUUCUGAAGCAGCUUGUGUCCUCGUCCUCCCAGUCUAAGCGGCGUUCUCGUUCUGACCUGACUGCGGAGAUGAUCAGCGCACCUCUAGGAGACUUCCGUCACACUAUGCACGUGGGUCGAGGAGGUGACGCAUUUGGGGACACCACCUUUCUUAGCAGUCACUCAGGGGAGCCACCAAAGGAGCCAGAGGUACAGCAAAACUUUCCUAAACAGAGCCUCCUUUCCCGUACCUUCCGAAGCAGCAAGCGCUCCCAGUCGGCCAAUCGUGACAAGACUGACAGUUCAAAACUGGCGCCCGGUGGUUCGCCAAGUUGUGUAAAAAAUGCAAUCUCGCUGCCAUAUUUGAAUGAGGAUGAUGCAGGAAGAGGUACUGGAAUCCACCUUCCCAAGAGCGUGUCCUCAAGUCCUUUAAAGAAACUUCCAGAAGAUGAAGUAAAGCCGCUUAAUGGAGCCACAGCGCCUGUUGUAUCAGACGUGGAGCUGGACGAGAGGAGUUUUGGAGAGCUGACUGACUUGCGUCCAUCGGUUCCAUACACAGGAGGCAUGAAGCAUGCCGAGUCCAUCAUGUCUUUCAACAUUGAUCUGGGUCCCUCCAUGCUGGGCGACAUCCUGAGCGUGAUGGACAAGAAGGGCUUUGACGAUGACGAUCUGGGAUUUGAAGAAGGGAAGAGUAAUGAGGGGCGCAGCUCACCACCCAGAGCCCUCCCACCCAAUGAGGUUGAAGAAGGAGGCCCUUUCCUCCGAUCCGGCCCCCACGGCAAAGGCAGGGGUACUAACCCUUACACUCCAGAGCUCCAAUCCAUGAACCAUCAACACCUGGACAGCUGUUCCCUCUCCAGUUCAGGAUCCACCAUGCUGGAUGAAAAAUCCCACAAUCAGAUGUAUGAGGGAUUGAAUAACAAAAAGUACAGCACACCUCGCAUUCAAGACGAUAGGGAGGACUUUUCCUACAUGGAUGAUGAGGAUGAUGAUGACGACGAUUAA